CCAAACUUUUGCACUCUUUCUCAAUCUCAGAAAAAAAAAGUCUAACACUCAACAAAAAUCAUGAACAUGCAUGAUCACUGCAUGGAGUUUGAUCAGCAAUUUCUGGUGGAUGAUGCCAUGGAUGAUCUUGAUCCAUCAUUCAUAGAAGGAUUCAUGGAUGCAACCAUAUGCAUGUCAUCAUCAAAGAGCAUGAUGAGUCCAAGCAACUCAUCACACAGUAACAACACAAAGCCAAAGGGUUGUGCUUUCAAACCAGUUCGAAGGAGAUCUAGGGCUUCUAAGACCACUCCCAUUACCCUUCUGAAAGCCAACACCUCCAAUUUCAGGGCAUUGGUACAACAGUUCACUGGGUGUUCCACCACAACAGCCAUGUCACUUGCAAUCCAUAAGGGUCCCAUUACCCUAAAUUUCCAACAAGGUACCAAACAACACAUUCAGCAUCACACAACAAAAAUAACUACACCAAUGCCACCACAGUUUGCCACCAUGAUCAGUUCUAACCAAGUUCAUCGAGUUUCUCAGCCACAACAGCACUUGAUCAUGACAGAGCCACAAAGUGAAUACUGGUUUGAGCAUGUGGAAAACAGUGACCUUUGUGUUCCAUCUUCGGGUAGCUGCAUGGAUGAUGGAUUUGGCUUUGAUGAUGAUUUUAGUUUGCAUGAAAUAACCGUGAAUGCCAUCUCCAAUGACAUCCAAGGUUUAUUUAUGUGAUGAAAAUAAAGGAUUCGAUAUGCAGAGAAGACUCAUCUUCGGUCAACACCUCUAUGCAGAUAUUAUCAUGAAAUUAAGCAAUAGUUCAUGUUUAUUAGCCUGUAAUAAGCUUUAGUUUAUUCUAUCCAUUCACUUUCUUUAUUAUUUUCUUUGUAUCCUUCAAUCUUCUUGUGUUAUCCUUGAUUACAUGACCUUCUUUGACAAA